AUGCAGCUCCGACAGAGGAUGGGAGACGGAGGCUGCGCCUCCCUCGCCAUGCACGAGCGAGACGAGGAGGCCUUCUGGUCACAGGGGCAGGGUGUGUGGAGUGGUGUGCUUGAAAGCGUCAAGUCAUUGCAGGUGACGAUGGACGCGGAGGAAGUGUCGUUGACUGGAGCGGAGGAGAUUAAGCAGUCGCUCGAGGAGCUGACCUCUCAGCUUCAAACUCUCAAGGGGAUCGUUGACAAGAUGACGCGAUCCAAGUCCUCGUCGUCGAGGUUGAAGCAGCGGUGCUCCAACUUGACAACUACGGCGAUCAACUCGACAAGGAGGCGACGGACUCCUGCUGGAGCUCGUAGCCUGCUCGCUGCGAGGGCACACGCCUGGGAUCCUGACCAGCUGGCAAUGACGAGGAAGCAGCGGGCGUGCGACAAAGUAAUGGGGCUGGGGAUAGUCAACUCCUACCUGGAAUCCAUGAGCACCUGGUGCAAGUACGAGGGUACCUCCUCCUCACGCCCCAGCCUGAUGAGGUGCUAUCGGUUGAAGUAUCCGUGGAAGAUGGACAGCUUGUUCUGCGAGGGAUUCAACAUGACCAUCGACUUCUCAAAGUGA